AUGAACUUACAACAGAUUAUGAGACCCAGCACCAUCAGCGCGGACGGCAUCAAGGUCUUCGCUGGCGCUGAGCAGGAUGCCAACCUCUUCUUCAUCACCGUCGAGGCCAAGCUCAUCGCCGCUGGCAUCGACGCUGGCAUCAUCGCCGAGGGUGGUGCUGACCACCAAGGAGAUGGGCAGGCUCCAGCAGCUGCCUCAUCGCCGAGCCCAAGCGCCCACGGUGCUUCGGGUCCCCGCACUCGCUCCCGCGCUCAACGCGGCCCUCGCCGCACUGGCGUCCGCCAUGACGCCGGGGACCACGACGACGAUGACGACGACGAGGGCGAUGGCGACGACCACGGCGCUCAGCCAUCUUCCUCCUCUUCCUCUCUCCCUUCUUCCGCCACUCCGAGCGGAGGAGUGCAGGUGGCGUCCCCAGCCUCUGGCCUGCUGGAUCCCCGUGAUCCACAGGUUGACGCAGCCAUCUUCGCGUUCCUCCUUGGCGUCCUGACGGGACACCCGCUGCGGCUGGCCAUCACCGACAACCGUGGCCGCUCAGGUGUGCUUGCGCUGCGCCGCCUCCGCGAGCGCUACAUCCGCAGCGGCAAGGACCACGUCAGCCGCCUCAGGCAGCAGCUCUCCUCGACCACCUGGUUGCCCACGGACACCGUCGACACGUUCAUGUCCCGCAUCACGGACAUCAACUCGCAGCUCCUCACUGCCGGCGUGUCCAUCCCGGAGGACGACCUGCGCACCCUCGUCCGCAACGAACUCCCCGCAGAGUUUGAUGUGGCGAUGCGGUUCAUGGAGCGCGAGGACCCGCCGCCAUCGCUGUCCAAGAUGACGGCGGACCUCAUCCAGGAAGGGCGCCGCCUGCAUCGUCCCAAGAAGCGCACGCCUGUGCUCGCCAUCGGUGGGCCAGGCUCUGGCUCCUUCGCUGCAUCGCCGAUGCACGCUGGCACGUCGCCCUCCGACACGAGCGGUGGACCAUGCUGUCCACCUGCAGAGCGCGUGACUUGCGCGUUCUGCAACUUCCGCGGACACUGCGCGCAGCAGUGCCGCAAGCUGCAGGCGGCCAAGCGCUACCACGUCAUCGACAGCCUCAAGGACAAGUCACCGUUCGAGGCCCUGACUGGGCACCCUUUCGACGUCAGCCUGCUGCGCGUCUUCGGCUCGCCGGCCUACGUGCAUGUGGAGAAGAGCAGCACGCGGCACAAGCUUGACCCACGCUCACGCGUCGGCGUCUACGUCGGCUUCGCCGAGGAGGACCAGGCCCACGUCGUCUGGAUGCCGGACACGCGACGCGUUGUCCACACCAUCCACGCUCGCUUCGGCGCCAUCAAGAACAAGGACGCCGCCUCCUCUCAGCAGCAGCAAGAGCAGGACAACAGCGGUGCCUCUGCUUCGCAUGCCAACAAGACCGCUCAGCGUUCAACCGAGGACAGUGCCACCGGCGCUCCCACUGCACCACGUGCGGGGGAGCCGCAGAUCCAGCCACGCGCCCUUGGCGGCUCCGUCUGGGACCAGCUGCUGUUGUCCGAGACCCUCGGCGACAAGGACACCUCUGGUGGCUCAACCACCACGUGUCACGUUGCCACCAGCGCUGCUGGUACGGGGGAGAAGACAUCAGCAGUGGGUGGUCAUCUACCAGACAUCGCUGCUGGCAGUGUUGCCACGUCAGCUGAGCCAGCCACCGUCAAGGAGGCGCUUGCCUCGCCAGACUCUGAGGAGUGGCGCCAAGCCAUCCUGGACGAGUUUGCGGCAAUGCAGGCCAAUGACGUCUACGACGUCGUGCCUCGCGCUGACCUUCCCAAGGGCCACAAGCUGCUCCGCAGCAUGGUCAUCUUUCGGAGGAAGCGCGAUGACCAGGGCAAGGUGAUCAAGUACAAGGCGCGCUGGGUUGCCAAAGGCUACUCCCAGGUCCACGGUGAUGUGGGUUGCCGUCUACGUGGACGACCUGCUCAUCUCGCCGACAGCGACAGCGACAUGGCCGCGUUCAAGAAGGCCAUCUCCAAGCGCUUCAAGAUGAAGGACCUGGGCAGCCCAGACAUUUGUCUCGGCAUCAAGGUGCAGCACGACCACAAGGCCAGGACCGUCACCAUGAGCCAGGAGCACUACCUGCGCAACGUGCUGGAGACCUUCGGCAUGGCUGACUGCAAGCCUGUCGGCACGCCGCUCUGCACGGGCUACGUCGACAAGCCAGCCGACAAGGAGGAGCCACUGCCGGACGUGCCGUUCCGCGAGCUGCUUGGCUCCCUCCUCUAUGCUGCGACGAUGACGCGCCCAGACAUCUCGGCGGCUGUCUCCAUCCUGUCUCGCCGUAUGCAGCACUUCGGCAUGGACCACUGGAAGGCUGCCAAGCACCUUCUUCGCUACAUCAAGGGCACCUUGUCCUACACCAUCAAGUACGCCGCCACUGGCGACGCCAGCAACGGCAGCACUGCCGACGGCGUGCUCUCAGCGUACUCGGAUGCGUCGUUUGCCUCCGACGUUGACACGCGACGUUCCCGCACGGGCUUCGUCGUCUUCUGUUCCACGGGCCCCGUGUCCUGGAACUCCAAGCUGCAGGCCACUGUGGCCACAGCCUCCGCCGACGCGGAGUACAUGGCUCUCGCAGCCACCGCACAGGAACUCAUGUUCCUUCGCCAACUCCAGGAGGAGCUCACCGGCGCCGUCCUUGUUUAG